AUGAGUCGACAGAUUGCGAUAGUAUCAUUGCCGCAAGCGAUAUCGGCACGUAACACUACGAGAGAUCAGUUCUUGGCAAACUUCAUCGACCGUCAACUCCCAUCGUGUAUUCUCACCUCAGGUCAUCUGAACGAUCAUCGCAGAUGGCUCCUACGCCUACCCGACAUAGCGUCACUGACUCCAGCCACGGAAUACGCCAUCUUAGCACUAAGUACCGCAGUCUUAGAGCAAGAUGGCGAGCUGGGUCACGGAAGAGGUCAAGGCCUAAAGCUCUACACCAGAGGGUUAUACGAGCUACAAAGAGCCAUCGACGAUCCAAAAUCGAGACUGGAUGAUCAGACUAUGGCAGCUUGUGUCUUACUAGGCAUGUUCGAGUUCUCAGAAUGUCCAGGGAAAACUGUCAGUGCAUACAUGCGACACUAUCAGGGAGCCAUGGCACUCUUGCAGCUUCGUGGGCCCGAGCAGCACAUCGGCGGCCUGGCGCAUGAUGUGUUCCAAGUGCUGAGAAUGCAUACUGCAUUCCAAGCUCUGAGCCAGAACUCCGGGAGCCAAUUAGCCAAGUCAGCAUGGAUGAAAGGGCCAUGGAUGUCGAAGUCGAAGACUAUGUACGACCUACUUCUCGAUAUCUUCCUUCAGGUUCCGGAACCUCUAUCCAGAGCGAGAGCGGUUAUAGUUUCACAGCCCUCUCAAUCUUCCCUAACUGCCGGCCUAAAAGCGUUGUCUGCGCUGCUAGAUCUGGAUGAAGAACUCACAGAAUGGUUUGAGUCAUACCAAGACACGUACCCGACGGUUUACUGGCCAGAGUUGUCAAUAGCCAGUAGCUCAACAGACAGUGAAGAGCUGGGAAGACUUUACCCAGUGUCAUUUCAGUUCCCAUCGUACCAUGUAGCGGAGACAAUGAUACUUUACUGGACGGUGCAGAUCUUAAUACAUGCCAGUACCUGCUCCCUCUACACCAGGUUGAUAUCCAGCGAGAUGAAGAACGGCGCAAGAUUUGAAGAUGAAGGUCUGUCAGCUAAGGAUAUUGAUCGCGUGUCUCUUGCCCACAUAUAUCAUAAAAUCGAGAUAUCAGACUUUGUGUUAUGGCCAGAGACAUCAGCACGCUACAUCUGCCAGUCAGUGGAGUAUUUCUUCCGAGAGGAAUUUCGUCGCAUGGGCGCUGGAGUCAUUCUAUCACCAUUGUUGGUAGUCAAAGCUUGCCUAUCAAGAUCGGCACGGGACUUUUCUCGAGAGACUGCGUGGAUCGACGAGGCAAUUGGGCGCGUUCAGGGCAACGGAGCGGAAUUAGCGGCUUGUGUUUAA